AUGUGGGUUGAAUGUUUGAGGUAGAAUGGCUAUUAAUCAUUUCAAGAGAUGUAUGGUUUAUAAAUAUUUAUUAUUUAGUGGAGGUGGGUAUUAUGAUAAAGAGGGUAAAGAGCUAAAAAUUGGUAGUUGGGUAGAAUUGAUUGAUUUUGGGAGGUAAUGAAUGAUUAUGAUUAUGAUUAUGAUUGAUGUAUUAGAAAUAAGUAAGUCAAAUUUAAUGGAUAAUAUCAAAAUGGUUAUAAAAUUGGUAUAUGGAAUAUAUCGAGUAGUGAGUAUUCUUAAGAUUUAUGUAAAUAAAUGUAAUAAGAAAUAUCUAUACUAAUUUUAGUGGUAUUGGAUGGUAUGAUGAAAGAGGAUCUAAACAUGGAAAAUGGGUUGAAUUGGAUGAAAAUUCUGCUCGGUAUAAAAUGAUUAAUCUUUAUUUAAAUAGUGAAAGUUAAAUCACCUAUUAAGGUGAAUAUAAUAAUGGAUAAAAAGUUGGUUUAUGGAAUUUAUAUUGGAGUGAUUUGAUAAAAAAUAAGAAUUGA